AUGAAACCCAUCCGAGGAAAAACUUUCGCCCAGACAGUAGCGACCACAUCUGUGACGGGUCGUGCAUCCACGGCCGCGAGCCCUGCAGCUACAGGACGAAAGCGUCUGAAUGACCAGCCAGCCCCCACAGUUGAGGCCAUAGAUACUUCGCGUACGAAGAGCGAGCAUCAGAAGGAGGAGAUUCGGCGCCGUAUUUCAAAUCCUUCAACCCCGUCUGCAGCAGGGAGUGAGCAGGCGCACGCGCAGACACAGAAACAGGAGCUGGAGCACAAGCAGGGGCAGGAGUCGGAGAGUUCGUCAGAGCGCGCCGCUUUGGACCUUAAAGUUCUUGAGGCGAAGUUGGAGGCAGCUCAAGCAGAGAAAGAGGCGCUCUUACAACAACGCGACGCCGCACUUCAGAAGAAACAGGCGCUAGAGGAGGAGCGGGACGAUGCGAUGCAGGAGAAGGAAUUAAUGAAGGACCAGGCGGACCAGGCGAAGAGGGAGAAGGAAGUGCUUGAGAAGAGAGAAAGCGACGAGCGCGUGCGAGUGCAAUACGAGCUAGAUGAGCUUAAGAAGAAGUUGAGAACUGAGGAGCUUGAGGGGUGGGAGGACUUUCCGCGUCUAUCUGGCGAGCGAGAAGAACGAACCCAGAGGGAGUUAAAGGACGCGAAGUCUCUUUUGCAGACGCGGGAAUCGUUGACUGGCGAUUUGGUCUCCGGGUUCCAAGCCGAACGCGAGGCGCACAUGAAGACACUUGCUUCGACUCGGAAGAAGAUGCAAGCGGAGAUCGAUGGUCUUCAAGUCAAACUUACCUCUACGACGGAAUCCGCUUUAGGCCUCCGACGUCAAUUGGACGAGGCUAUCAACGCACGGAAAGAUGUCGUAACACGUCGUGGUGAGUGCGUCGCGUUGCACUCUGCGUUAGGUGUUGACUUGACGCUACGAGACGAACUCGAAUCGCAACUACGCGAAGUCCGCAAGGCGGUGGAAGACCUUCAAGAAGACGCCAAGCAAGCAGAAGAUGCCGCGAAAGCAAAGAUCUCGACGUUGGAAUCGACACAUUCUCGACGUCAGAAUGAACUCAAAGAGGAACUCGCUACUACUCGACAAAGCUUGAAGUCCGCGGAGAAAGAGAGAGACGACCAUCUGUCAUCGAUAUCUGGAGCUAACGCGCGCAUUGAGGAACUCACUGCCAGUCUUGCUUCCGCGGAGGCAGGUUGUACCAAAGCUGAGCGUCAGUCAACGUCCAUACGCGUCCUCCUCUCAGCUUACUCUGGGGUAGAAAGAGCGCGGGCUGCGGAAGACUCGGCCCGAAAGCGCGUCGCAGAGGAACUACAGAAUCUGCAGAGCAAGUACACGAGUGAAGAAGCGGCCAGGAAAGACGCACAGGCUCGCAUCACGGAGUUGGAAGCGGAGUUGGACGCAUCGCGUAAGGCAGAAGCGAAUGCUACAUCCCAGACCAUGGAGGAAGCAACUGCACGCGAAGCCGCAGGCGCUAGUACACCGCUCGCUGCCGACGAGAUUGAUGAAGUCAACACGCGCCUAGGGCAGGCGCAAGACAGGAUCGAAGAGCUCGAAGCUGAGGCAACCGACGCUGAAGACGCCCGUGCCCUUUUGCAUGCAGAACUUGAAGACUUGAAGACCAAGCUGACAUCCGCCGAAGAAACAACUAAGGAGACACAACGAACUGUUCAGACGCUCGAACGCACACAGAAACAAGCGACGGCAGAUGAAGUGGCUUCGGAGUUAUCUUCAGAGAAAGACUCGACGACGAAUGAAGGACAGCAACGCGCCGACGCAGAAAUUGCCGACCUUCGUAAUCAACUGGCCGCCGCUUCGACGACUGGGGUAGCCUCGCGUAACAAGAUUCGGGAUCUCGAAGAUGCGCUAUCUGAGAAGCGUACAGAUGAAGCUAGGGCUAUCACCGAGCUUGCCCAGACGAAGAAAGAGCUUGAGGAUGCCAGAUCAGAUGCUUCUCGGGACGCUGCGAAGGGAAUAGCAGAGCACAUCCGCGAGGUCGACGAGGCACGCCAACAAGCUAAUGCUGAGAUUGACAGGUUGAAAGCCGAUCUCGCCGCCGCACGCAAUUCGGAACGUGCCACUCAAGUCAAGAUAGACGUAGUAGAAGCUGAGCUUGCUGCGGAGCGUGCGGGUAGUGCGACUACAUCACUGGAGAUCGCGGAGCUACGCGAGGAGCUUGAGCAGUCGAUAGCGGCGGCCAUGCAUCGUGACAGGGAAGAUGAAGGUGCGCGCACGUUAUAUCGGGCUGCACGUACCCUGACUGAGUUCCACUAG